GAAUCCGACAGAUGACCCUCUCAUCCUUUGGAUAGCUGGUGGUCCGGGUUGUACUGCUCUUCGUGCCGCCUUCUACGAAAACGGCCCACUUAUGUUUAACUAUGCAAAUUCUAGUGGCAACAUACCAAUACUGGAGUUGAACCCAUAUUCUUGGACAAAGGUUGCCAACAUAAUAUUUAUUGAUCAACCGGCUGGCUGCGGAUUCUCCUAUGCAAAAACAUGGAAAGCUUAUGAAAGCAACGAUACAAUAUCAGCAGCACUGAAUUAUGAUUUUCUUAGAAAGUGGCUUUUGGAUCACCCCAAGUUUCUCAAGAAUCCACUAUAUAUAUGUGGCAUUUCCUAUAUUGGCAUGGUUAUUCCAAUCAUUGUUCAGGAUAUAUAUGAUGGUAAUGAAGCUGGAAAUGAACCACCAAUGAACAUUAAAGGAUACAUGCUUACCAACCCUCUAACUGAUAAACAUGGUGACGUUAAUUCAAGAGUUCGAUAUGCUCAUCAUAUGUCACUUUUAUCUGAUGAACUGUACGAGUCAACCAAAGCAAACUGCCAUGGCGAGUACAUCGAAGUAGAUCCCAACAACGGAUUAUGUGCAAGUGAUCUACAACUAGUAGACAAA